AUGGUUGGAAGAAAACCUUUAGUGGAUCCACUAAGGGUUAUAGACGCAGUACUCUAUUACAAAAAUGCUGUAAUUGAAGAAAACAAUUGUGGAAAAAAAAUUGUUGUAGCAUCAAACAAUGUAUGGUCAGAUAUAAGUAAUCGAUUAGGUGGAUCUAUUAGCAAAAGUGCUCUUUAUAUAUUUGUUCAACAAGGACGCCAUGGUAUCCAUGAAAAGCUUGGAAUUGGUGUAGUAGACAAGAGACUUGACUCUGAAAAUAAUGUCCAAAGUGUUGAGCCUAUCGUUGAAUUUGAUGAAUCUAGUGAUAGCAGUGGUGACAAUGUAGAAAAUUUACCAUCUAAACAUUUUACUAUUACAUUGUCUGUUGAUGAAUGGAAGCAAAUAGAACCUAAUGAAGUUCUAUACAAAAAUAAAAAUAGUUUUCGUUCUUAUUUAGUACUACCGAAAGGAUCGUGGACCAAUAUUUUAGCUGAACAUAUAUGGAUGCAUACAAAUUUACCUUGCUGUAUUGCUUUUAGAAGAGCUAAAGUUACAGAUGAAGGAAACCAUUUUAUUGUAAUAGAUGGAAGAUGUUCAAUAUGCUAUUCUUAUUUUAAAGGAGUUAUAUUUGAAAGACCAUCAGAAAAUUCUAGUAUCGAUAACACAUCUUAUAAAGUGUCAUCCCAUUCUAAUAAUGAUAUAUAUUAUACAGUUAAAGUUUAUGAUGGAUUUGAACACUGUGAAUGUGCGUUUGGUCAAGGAGGUAAAUUUUGUAAACAUAUUUGUGCCAUACAGUUGAAUGGAUUUAACAUCGAAAAUAUUGUAAAUUUAUCAACGAAACAUAGAAUUGAAUUAGGUAACCUUGCUAUUGGUAAAGAUUUCGAUCAUACAUUUAUGGAACCAAUGGACCUCGCAAAUGAUAUCGUUUCUACUAAUAAUUCCAAGCGGGAAAAAACUUCUGAAGAAAACAUGUCAACUUUUUUCAAUUCUAUGUUACCAACUGAUGAAAGUAUAACUGAACAUGAAACGCAAAAUAAUGACUAUGGACAACAUUUAAAUUUAGGAAUCAAUGUAUUACAAAAUAACAUCGACCGAAUAAAAAACAUUGCUCAAAGUAACCCUAAUAGUUUGAUGCUCAAAAAGAUAAAACAGUUUAACAAACAAUUGGAAAAAAUAACAUCAUUAUCUGAUUUGGUUGAUUUUAAUUUCAAUAAACUUCGUCGUGCAAAUCUUAUCGAAACACAGCCAACUUCCAGAUCCAGGCGCAAACGACUAAUAACUUCUGGUGCUAAACGCAUCCAAGCAGGACGACCGUCUUCAAAAGAACAAAACUUCAAGCAAAGAAAAAAACAGAAGGUUCGAAGUCUAGGUAAAAAUUUACUAAACAAUUUGCCACAUGCAAAAUCUCAUUAAUAAUAUUUUUAA